AUGGAACUGAGUUCUCAUGAUGAGGCGCCUGUCCAGCAAUCAGGUGAAGCAGGCAUUCUCGUCUACUCAAGGCGUCCAAGAAAGAAGCAUACCGAGACAGUUGUAGAAUUGGGGCCUACGGAGGAUUUCAUCCACCGGAUCUCCAGGCCUUUGCCAACUCUCUCCACCCCAGCUAUUCCGAAGCAUCGUUGCCAACCCACUGUUUCAACUCUCCCUCCAAGGCGAAGUAGGCGGAUAGCCAAGCUGCCGCCAGAAACCAACCCACAAGCAGCCGGGACACGGCAUUCGGUGUCAGUCAAAUUUAAGUCCGGCGAUGAGCAUGUUUGGUGGUUCACCAGGGUUUAUGGACCACAUCAAGAUGCUGAGAAGAUUGCUUUCCUAGAUGAAAUCAGGGAAGUGCGGGCUAACUGUGGAGGGCCAUGGAUGAUGGCCGGUGAUUUUAACAUGAUUUACUCGGCCGAGGAUAAAAACAAUGAAAAUUUAAACAGAGCGAUGAUGGGUCGAUUUCGCCGGCUAGUGAAUGAUCUAGAGCUGAAGGAAAUUCCACUGAUGGGCAGACGCUAUACCUGGUCCAACGAAAGAGAUGCCCCUACCCUGGUUAAAUUGGACCGUGUCCUUUGCACGGCAGACUGGGAAGCAUUGUAUCCAGAGUGCAUUUUGCAGAGUCAAGCUACCGAGAUAUCUGAUCACUGCCCUCUCUUACUCGGUCUCGAGGAAGGAAUUCAAGGCAAAAAGUGA